UUAAGCUUAAAUGGCAAAAGAAAAUUAAAUUAAAAACCUUUCCCAAAAACUUGAUUAGAAAAGGUAAAAUGUUCAGAAAAAACAAAAAGGAGGAGCUUAUAAAUCAUUUGAAAAGAAAAAAGAAGAAGCUAAAACUAUGUGAAAGAUUCAAAAGAAGUGCGCGAGGAAGUAUAGCGCCAAUAACCCCCACACACUCUCGACUUAAAGAGAAACUAGUGCAAACUUUACGGACGUCUGUUGAUUGCAAAAAGGCAGCAGAGUACAACAAAAAUGUAAAGAAAAAGCCAACGUGCACAAAAAUUGAAUAGAAAAUGAUUG